CAAAAGGAGAAGGAAAAAGAAGCGUUGAUGAGCAGCAGCUCUCUGCCCUACAGCUCAUCUCUCUUUGCCUCACUGCUCGUCGGUGAAGCUCACACAGCUCGCCGCUCUGGAUCCCUGCUAUCGCAGCUGCUGGAUCGGUUGGUUGCUCGCCGGAUCUAUAGGCUGGCCACCAGAUCUGGUCGGGAUUGAGAGGGAGUGGCAGGUAUUCAGCACGGAGAUGACUGAGCUGUCAGGGAAGACAACGACGGCGACGACCAAGAAGAUGAAGGCAGCGUUCGAAGCAAGGAGGGAAGAUAAGCCACUAGUGAGGGCCGGCCAAGCUUGAGGCCGGAGGAGCUUCGUCGGGACCGGUCAAGCUCGAAGCCCGUCGUGCUCGUGGUCAGCCAGGCGAUUGGAGGCGAAUUAGAUGGCGAUGGCUUGAGGGGAGGAGAAGAGAUGGAGAGCUUACGCAAAUGGAAGAGAAAGGUUCAAGAGCUGUAGAAUCUCACCAUGGAAGGGUCUGAGGAGCAUGGUGAGACCUCAAAGGCACCCCUGAGCAGGGGGGUCAGUAAAGGAGUGUCUAUACUCGAUGUUAUACUUCGCUUUGUCGCGAUCAUUGGCACCCUCGCGAGUGCCAUUGCCAUGGGCACCACCAAUCAGACGCUGCCUUUCUUCACCCAGUUCAUCCGGUUCAAGGCGCAAUACAGCGAUCUCCCAACUCUCACGUUUUUUGUGGUGGCAAACUCUAUUGUCUCUGCCUAUCUCAUCCUUUCACUCCCACUGUCAAUUGUGCACGUCAUUAGGAGCAGGGCUAAGUAUAGCAGGCUCAUCUUGAUCUUUUUCGAUGCGGCAAUGCUAGCUCUGGUGACCGCGGGGGCAUCUGCUGCAGCAGCUAUUGUGUACUUAGCACACAAGGGAAAUGCCAGAGCAAACUGGCUUGCUAUUUGCCAGCAGUUUGAUUCCUUCUGUGAGCGCAUCUCUGGCUCCCUGAUUGGCUCAUUUGCAGCCAUGGUUGUGCUGGUACUGCUCAUAUUCCUCUCGGCUAUUGCAUUAGCCAGGCGAUAGACCAAAUUGCCAACUGUUUGCUUCCUGUAGUGUGAAGUAUCAUAUUAUGGCGAGGUUCUUGCACUUACUUGCCUAUGUAAUAAUCUGUGUGCCUAUUUUUCUCUUGCUAUCAACCUCUUCUAUCUUGUGUAUCCCCUUGAUUGUACACUUCAUAUAUGAAUGCUACAGAAAAUGAAAUAUA